GUCACUGUUAGGAUUACCCGAGAUAUUUGUAUUUCUUGGUGCGGGUCCCCGAGGCUGCGCCCUGCAGGUUUAAACCCCAGGUCUGGAUUAACACUUUUGGAAAGAGCCGAGGAAAUUCACUCUUGAUUGAGGAAGUGGAUGGAAACGGUUCAGUGGAAUCAUUGGGUCACAAUGGCAGCGUGGGAAAUGCAGAGCGCACUCCGCUCCAGAGCUCCUCACAACCUCACCGGCAAUAUUCCGCGUCAGCCCCAGUCCACCAGUUGCUCCCGUUGCUUCAGCUCGAUGGAUAACUCCAGCGGGUUCUUCCAAUAGAACACAAGAGAAACUUUGCAAUCAAGAAAACCUCGAGGGCUCCCUUGGAAAAGAGCUGGGAUUUUUCUCUCUCCGGAUCAGAAGUUGAUCCCAACACUAGUUUGGAUUUACAGAAGUUUUGACUUGAAGAGGUUCUUAACGCCGAUCUCUAGGAGGGGUACAGAAAUUUUCAUUCUGGGAUUUGUACAGUAUUAUUGUUAUAUACAUUAUUUUCAAUUGGCCCGGGAGGAUCGCUAGAUAAGAACCGUAAACGCAAUGCUGGGAUAUGAAACGGGGUUCAUGUUAUUGUGGAUGGCGUCCAGUCUAGUCAAGUACUUGACAGUGGCGGCGGAGAAGUGUAUCGUGAAUGUGACGGACAUCGGACAGAGGGGGGAUGCAAUUUAUGUUCAGUGGAGGAGCCCGGAGGCUUUCUGCAAUUACAGCGUAUCCUACAGAUUGAAUCAAUCGUGGGUCGCGGUUUGCAACCCAGCUUUUUACACCGGUGAUUCCUACGAGUGUGAACUGAAUGGUUUGAAAGCAGGGACUUUUCACCAGCUCCGCAUUCACUCCCUCUCUGAUGGCUUAACGGCAAAUCUAACGGUGCAAACAGAUCCGAAGCCACCCCAAAACUUCCAAGUGAUCAGAAGUAGAACAACUUCCACCGGUCUCCAGGUUUCUUGGACUCCAUCAGCCGGGAAUGUCGAUGUGUACGAGGUUAGGUUAUUUGGGGAAAACAGUGGAGAAACUCAGACCCUCCGCAUCCCAGGCAGCUCCCACAGGAAAGAGGCCACUUUUCAGACUCUGACACCGGGCACUAGGUACAGCUUCACCAUAAAGGCACUCGCUGGAAAUAGGAGUCGCGAUGGACCAAAGACCUUUGGAUCUACGACUCCGUCUAAGGUGAAGGAUGUUGAGAUUGCCAGCAAGUCGGACAGCCUCGCCAUAGUGUGGGUCCCCGGCCCCGGGAAGGUGGACAACUUCAAACUGUCACUGGCAUACAAAGGGAACAUGGUACAGAAGUACACUUUCUCAAACGUGACAAACAGCUACACUUUCAUCGGGUUAACAGCCGGGAGACUCUACAAUCUAACCGUGAUCAGUGUGGCGGGAGAGUUAGAAAACUCCAUCUCCAAAUCCGCCCAGACAGCCCCAGCAAAGGUUACUUCUGUGGUGGUGUCCAAUAACGGCAGCCUGAAUAGUGUCCUGGUCUCCUGGGAGAGAGCUAUGGGAGAUGUGGACUCAUAUGAUGUUUCACUGUCUUACUAUGGAUCAGUGAUAGAAACCAAGAAUUUACAGCCAAGUGCACAAGAAGCUGUCUUUCAAGGCUUAACACCAGGCCAGUUGUAUAACAUUACUAUCGUCACCAACAGAGGAAACCAGAAGGUAGUGGCUACAAGUAGCGGCAGAACUGUUCCUAAUCGUGCCUCGAACUUGGUAAUGACAAGCAAUGGUUCCACCAACUCUUUGAGAGUGAGCUGGCUGCCCCCUGCUGGACACUGGGAGAGUUACUACAUUCAGCUCCUCAACCAAUCCUCCGUUGUGCUGAAUACCUCACUGGAGAAACACGUCAGAGAAUAUGAAGUCAAGGAUGUUGGGCUCAUCCCCGGGCGACUGUAUGAGGCCGUGGUCAUUGUGAAGAGCGGAAUGUUACAAAAUAAGGCAUAUUGCAGUGCGAGAACUGCACCUCAGGCAGUCCUUCACCUGCGAAUCAAACAUGUGGAUGAAUCCACACUUGCUGUAUCAUGGACAACACCUGUGACUGAACUGGACAGGUACCUUGUAUCAUUGAAAGACACAAAAAGAACAGCGAUGAAUACAAGUUUAGGCAAAGAUGCCAAAGAGUGCAGUUUUUCAGGCCUGGUGCCUGGAAGGAAGUACACUAUUACUGUAACCACCAUCAGUGGCAAUUUAAGCAAAUCUGCUUCAGUGGAGGCAAGGACAGUUCCUGCUCAGGUGUCAAAUCUCCAUGUGACAAACCAGGCACUGACCAACAGCUUACACACCAGCUGGAACAGGGCCGUAGGAGACAUCGACAGUUACCAAAUCCACCUCAUUCAUGAAAACAUCGUCAUCAAGAAUGAAAGUGUUUCAAGUGAAACUAAUCAGUACCUGUUCCAUUCUCUGAAGCCUGGGGGGUUGUACUCAGUAGUUGUUACCACUAUUAGUGGAGGGAUCCCCUCAAGGCAAUCAUUAGCUGAAGAAAGAACAGUUCCUUCAAGUGUGCCCAGUGUGAUGGUGAAUAACCAUGGCAACAAUGAUUACCUUCUGGUCUCCUGGCUGCCAGCACCUGGGGAUGUGGAUAGCUACCUCGUGACCCUGUCGCACAAUGAAAAAGUUGUCCAGUCCCACGCUGUAUCGAAAACUACCUUUGAGGUUCCCUUCAGGUCACUCACUCCUGGAAGGCUGUACAGUGUAACUGUAACCACCAGGAGUGGGAAUUAUGAAAAUUACACCAUUACUCACGAGAGGACAAAACCUUCAGUCGUUCAAAGAAUCACAGUCAGCAAUUCCGGAAGGAGUGACUAUCUGAAAGUCUCAUGGCUGGAUGCAUCAGGAGAUUUUGACUGUUAUAUCGUAACUAUCAAGAACAGUUACAACUACAGCAAAAGCUUAAAGGUUCCAAAGUCUGAAAACGAAUGCAUCUUCCUGAACCUAAUUCCAGGCCGACUUUACAGCAUUACUGUUAGCACCAAGAGUGGGAAAUAUGAAACUCGCCAUUUUGCUACAGGAAGAACAUUUCCAGCUGCUGUUGGGUCCCUGACUGUGGCUGACAGGAGUACUGACACCCUGAAUGUUACCUGGGAAGCAGCUGCUGGUGACGUGGAUCGCUAUGAGAUCCAGCUACUCUUCAAUGACAUGAAUGUUUUCCUUCCAAUAACACUGAGCAACACGGCACACCAGUUUACUUCCUUGACCCCUGGGCGUCUUUACAAAAUCCUAGUCUCGACGUGGAUCGGGACCCUACAGCGUGCUGCCUUCAUUGAAGGACGUACAGUGCCCAGUGCAGUUAAAAACAUCCAUGUUACAAACAAUGGAGUGACAAAGGGCCUUAAGGUGAAUUGGUCUCCUGGAGAAGGUGAUGUGGACAGCUACACUGUGAUCUUAUCCCACAAGGGCCAUCAGAUCUCUUUUCGCUCUGUUCCAAAACUUGUGCAUGAGCAUACCUUCUAUGACCUGGAGACAGGAGAGCUGUACCACAUAUUAGUUCAGUCAAACAGUGGCAGCUUCCAUAAUAAUUCAACAGCAUUUGGACGUACUGUUCCUGCCUCAGUCACAGACUUAUCAGUUGACAACAAACAUACAACCUGUACCUUGGCGGUGUCUUGGCAGCCAGCCACUGGUAUUAAAGAGGGAUACACUCUGCAACUCCUGAAUGAACAAGGCACUCAAAUGUUCUCGAAUGUGUCUGUGCCAGCUUCCAGCAGGGGAUACAAGUUCAAUGACCUGACUCCUGGCAAAAAAUACAAAAUCCGUGUCUUCACUGUAAGUGGAGGGUUGUACAGCGUUGGAACAGAUCGCGAUGGAAGAACAGUUCCAGCUGCAGUCACCCAUCUCACUUUGCACGGGAGAAGCACUAACAGUCUAUCAUUCCGCUGGACCAAAGCAGAAGGGGAAUGUGACUCUUAUGAGAUAUUCCUCUACAAUUCGGACAAGACGCUGCAUGACCGGAAAUCUGGCAUCCAGAGCUUGGAAGAAUGCUCCUUCCAGAACCUGACACCGGGCAAGAUGUACAAGCUUGUGAUAGUCACUCACAGCGGGGGCUUAACAAAUGAAUCCUCUCUCUUUGGAAGGACAGUUCCAGCUCAGGUUACCCAUCUGCAAUGGAUGAACAUUAACCAGACUGACACCCUGCUGUUCACGUGGACCCCAGCUAAGGGAGAGUUUGAUUCCUACAACAUAUCACUUUAUAAUCCCAAUGGUACAUUGCAGAGCAAUAAGUUUGGGAAGAAAGACUUGAAGGAAUGUUAUUUUCAGGACUUGAUCCCUGGUAGAAUUUAUCAUGUUGUGAUAGUAACACAGAGUGGAGAGUUGAGCAAUAAAGCUGGUACAGAAGGGAGAACAGCACCCCAAAGCCCUCCAGGAUCAGUAUCCUUCGCUGAUGUUCAAACACUUUCACUUGUCAUAACGUGGCUUGGUCCUCCAGAUUGGACUGAUUAUGAUGACUUGAGCUGCAGUGGACUCCAAAGGAUGCCAGAGUUCUUGUUGUUAAUAUACAACACAGUUAAAUCAAAAGGGCGCAUUAUACAGAAACUCCAUCCUGGGCGUCACUAUUCCUUUGAAGUGCGGACUGUCAGUGAAAGUCACUAAAAAUCCUUUAGUGAACCCAUUCAAGCUCAUAUAAGAACAAAACCUGACAAAAUACAACAUAUCCGAUGUCGACCCCAGAGCUCCACUGCAGUCUCCUGUUUGACACACCCUGACUCAGACUACAAUGGCUAUGAUGUUGAAUGCACCCACCAUGACAAGAAGGAAUUGGUAUACUCGAGAAGAAUCGAAAAGGGAUUAGUUCAAUACAUCAUUAAGGAUCUAGAGCCAGACAAAAAAUAUCUAGUGGCUAUAAAGGUCAUCUCAGAUAAAAUGACCAGUGAUGCUGUUGAGGACAGCGUUAUUACCAUGAUUGAUAGUCCCCCUCCUCCACCGUCACACAUCCGAGUUGAUAAUAAAGCAGUCGUCAUUACCAAAUCCACCAUACAUUUCAAUUUUAAUUGUAGUUGGUUUAGCGAUGUGAAUGGAGCCAUCAAGUACUUCACUGUGAUAGUGUAUGAAUCAGAAAGUACAGAAAAUUCAAAGCCAGAGAAACACCAUCCCUUGCCAUCUUAUCUGGAAUACAAACACAACAAUUCAGUCAGAAACUACCAGACAAAUUACUUUUCAAGCAAAUGUGCAGAAAAUCCUGAUGGCACAUUCCAAAACUUUGAAAUAAAAGUUGGAGCUCAGAUGGACAAACUGGGAGGGAAAUGUGAGAAGGAUCAGAAGACAUUCUGUGAUGGCCCUUUAAAAUCCAGAACAUCAUACAGAAUCAGUGUGCGUGCCUUCACUCAGCUGUUUGAUGAAGAUAUGAGCAGUCCUUUAUUUUCAGACACCUAUUUCUCUUUGCCCAUAACCACUGAGUCAGAGCCUCUCUUUGGUGUCGUAGAAGGAGCAAGUGCUGGUGUGCUCCUGAUUGUUGUACUCAUUUCAGUCAUGGCUGUAAUAGUUUGCAGAAGAAAAGUGAAACCACUCAAUACUGAGGCUAGAACACCAUCAAAGCCGAAAGACAGGCCGUCCUCUGUAAACGUCCCUCUUGUACAGGGAAGGAAGCCUCCAAUCUCCAGAGAAAUUAAGGUCAACCAGUUUGAAACUCAGUUUACCAAACUGCAGGCAGAUUCCAGUUAUCUCCUGUCUGAAGAAUACGAGGAUUUGAAAGAUGUUGGAAGAAACCAGUCUUUUGACACAGCACUUUUACCAGAGAAUAGGGGAAAAAAUCGAUACAACAAUAUUCUGCCUUAUGACUCGACCCGGGUGAAAUUAACAUACAUUGAUGAUGACCCUUGUUCAGACUACAUUAAUGCUAGCUAUAUCCCAGGCUGCAGUUUUCGAAGGGAAUACAUUGCGACUCAAGGCCCUCUGCCUGGGACUAAGGAUGAUUUUUGGAAAAUGGUUUGGGAACAAAAUGUUCAUAAUAUUGUGAUGGUCACCCAAUGUGUAGAAAAGGGAAGGGUAAAAUGUGAUCAUUACUGGCCCUUUGAUCACGACGCUUUGUAUUACGGAGAUCUCAUUGUUCAAAUGCUGUCCGAGUCUGUCUUACCUGAAUGGACGAUCAGAGAAUUCAAAAUUUGCAACGAGGACCAACUUGACUGUGCACGAGUCGUUCGUCAGUUUCACUACACUGUUUGGCCAGAUCAUGGGGUGCCAGAAACUGCACAAUCUUUAAUUCAGUUUGUGCGAACAGUGAGAGAUUAUAUCAACAGAUCACCAAACUCUGGACCUAGUGUUAUACAUUGCAGUGCUGGUGUAGGUCGGACAGGUACAUUUAUCGCUUUAGACAGAAUCCUUCAGCAGUUGGAGGGCAAGGAUUCGGUGGACAUUUAUGGAACAGUUUAUGACCUGAGGCUCCACAGGGUACAUAUGGUGCAAACUGAGUGCCAAUAUGCAUAUUUACACUUAUGCACCAGGGAUAUUUUAAGGAGUAGAAAGCUACGAGGUGAACAAGAAAAUCCAUUGUUUCCCAUAUAUGAAAAUGUAAAUCCAGAGUAUCACAGAGACUUCCUCUUUGGAAGACACUGAAGAAUGCAGAGAAAUUGUCAUUGGAUGUAAUGAACCUCAUUUGCAGCACUGUUAAAUAUGCACAAAAUAAAUACCAGGUCCUGGAUUUCAACGUGUAUAAUUUAUUUGCCUGGUAUUCCCUUUGGAUAUUAUUAUAAUUUAAAUGUAUUAGAUAUUAUUGUAUAUACAUAUUUUAAAUAAAUAUUUCUUAUAUAUUUUUUAAAAUUGGUGGGAUUAUAUAUUUUGUAUUACCUAUAACAAAAUGUAUCACAAGAAAGAAAAAUAAUGUGUAUAUAGUUCUGUUGCAUUAUUUUUAUUUUUAAUAUUAAUAUUCACAAUGCAAUAUUCUGUGCAAUCCAAGUUGUUUUAUAAGUGGAGAGUCAAUAUUGGGAAGGAAUAUUAUAACUCUGCACUUGAAAGGUGAUGUGCUGACAUAUGGGGUGCAUUAGAAGAGUAAUCGCAGGAGGCUUUGAUUAUGCAAAAAUGGCAACAGAUCUCAUGUUAAUAUUUCCAUAGGAUUAGUCCAUUCUGCCCAUCGAAUCUAUACCGGCUCUCAAAUCAAUCCCAUUGCCCCACUUUUCUCACAUGCCCAUCAACUGACCACCCACUACACCAAGGGUAAUUUACAGUGGCCAAUUAAUUUACCAUCUUUGGGAUGUGGGAGGAAACCAGAUCACCAGAGGGAAACCCAUGUAUUCACAGGAAAAAUAUACAAACUCCACACAGACAGUGCCCAAAAUCAGGAUCAAACCCAGAUCGCUGGAGCUGUGAGCAGCAGCACUUCUCACUGCUCUAUUGUGCUGCCUGUUUAAAAUCAGUUCCAAUAGUUAAAGAAUUAAAAUAUUCCCACUAGGUGUUAGUGCUAAGACUUGAACUGACAAUCUGGUACUCAGAUCUACCUGCCUCAUGUGUGAUCAGCAACAUCACUUCUCAAGUGUGUGGAGAUGGUGAUCUCCCGCCAGUCAGGGUGACAAUGAGCACUGCUCCUCUACAAGAACCCUGUCGGCAGAGCACAAGAGCCUCUCACUAAUCUGCAAGCCUUAAAUGUUAACCUCAUUUCUUGCCUGAAGUCACUCAUGAAAAAAGAAUCAGUUAAAAGAAAGCUUAAUUUUAAUUGCUGAAUUGUUUCCCCAAAUUUGAAUUUACUGUUUUGUAUAAAAACUCCAUUGAUGGUUGUCUAACUAAGCUUAUCUCCUCCUAAACUGUAAAUUAGUCUGUAGUUUCCCUGUAAGACGUGCAGACAAGUAUUACAUUACAUUAUUCAUCUCCUUACUAAAAAUGACUUUGUUAUUGUAUCUAUUUGAAAUGAACCAAUUUACCUUUAAAUGAAAAAAAAAUUAGACCAAAGACUAUUUUAAAUAUUACAGUUAAGAACAACAACUGGCACAGUACAAGGUGUCCUAGAUGUAGCUAUCUUAUUCCAAUAUUUGCCUUUAGCCAAGAAAUGGGGUUUCAAAGUUAUGGAUUCAAUGAUAUCUUAAUUUAUCUUUAAUUUAUAUGGACCUAUGUCAAUGGAAUCUGCAGUCGGUUUUUAUAUGGACAAUUAAAUUACAAGCUUAAAAAUU